GUGGCCACAGGAAGUCACCAUGUCGAGUGCGCACAAGAACAAAAUUGCAGAAUUCCAGAGUAUUCUCAGCGAGUCCCACAUCAACCUUAAGGUGCUGCGAGAGCUCUGCUUUAACGGAAUUCCAUUUGAAGGGGGUAUUCGCUGCCUGUGCUGGAAGGUCCUGCUUAACUAUCUUCCCCGGGAUCAGUCAUUAUGGGACACUGUGCUGCAGAAGCAGAGGGAAACCUAUGCACAUUUCCUGCGAGAGAUGAUUAUCCAGCCAGGUAUUGCCAAAGUCAAAUUUGGGGUGUCCAGAGAAGAUGUAACUUUGGAAGAUCACCCCCUGAAUCCCAACCCAGACAGUCAAUGGAACACUUACUUCAAAGAUAAUGAGGUGCUACUGCAGAUAGACAAGGAUGUCAGGAGACUGUGUCCUGAUUUCUCAUUCUUCCUGAACCCCACGGAUUACCCCUGCCUUUUGAUCAUGGAUCCGGAAAACGAGUACGAGACUCUUCGGAAACGCGUGGAACAGACCACCCUGAAGUCUCAGACUGUAGCACGAAACAGAAGUGGCGUUACUAACGUAAGCUCUCCCCUAAAAUCCUCCGCUUCCAAUUCUCUGGGAGACUACAACCCUCUUCCUAACGGCAGCGAGGCACACUGGGAGGUGGUGGAAAGGAUCCUCUUUAUUUACGCCAAGCUGAACCCCGGUAUUGCCUACGUCCAAGGCAUGAACGAAAUAGUUGGGCCUAUUUACUACACUUUCGCCACUAACCCAAAUAGUGAUUGGAAAGAGCACGCUGAGGCCGACACGUUCUUCUGCUUUACCAACCUGAUGGCGGAAAUCCGUGACAAUUUCAUUAAGAGCCUGGAUGACUCCCAGUGUGGUAUAACCUCUAAGAUGGAGAAAGUUUACUCCACCCUGAAGGAAGAGGAUGAGGAGCUUUACCUGAAACUGCAAGAACAGAACAUCAAACCGCAGUUCUUUGCUUUCCGCUGGCUGACUCUGCUCCUUUCUCAGGAGUUUGUUCUCCCCGAUGUCAUUCGGAUCUGGGAUUCGCUGUUUGCUGAUGAGAACAGAUUCGACUUCCUUCUCAUGGUCUCUUGCGCUAUGCUGAUACUAAUCCGGAAUCAGUUACUCGAAGGAGACUUCACAAUUAACAUGAGGCUGUUACAAGAUUACCCGCUGCCUAAUGGGGAUGUUCUACCAAUACUGAAAAAAGCAAAAGAAUUGCAGGACUCAAAAUGCUGAAAUGCUGCUGCCGAGACCUCCAAAGGGACAUCUGUGCCGCAGGGAUCCCCACAUCUGGAAUGGCGUGUGGCCUGGGCUAUGUUGGACACAGAGAUCUGGACACUAAUUGGCUAACUGUACCCUGGCUUCUGGCCAAAGCCAUUCUGCACUAAAGUGACAAGCAGUGACCAACACAGCAAGAGUUGACUUUCUUCUGCACUAUUUGGAAUGGGGGACCAGAAUCAUCUCCUUGGGAGCCACAGCAUUGUCUGAUCUCACUCAUUCCAUUAAAUAUAUCCCUGCGUCUCAAGAAGGGUCAUGGCUGCUGCAUGCCUAUGUGAUGGCCUUUUUAAGGGUCAUCAAUGUAUAACAGAAGCAUCAUCAUGGAAGGGAGCUCUGGGCAAUACCUUAUGAGUACUCGCACUCCUAUUCUAGACUGUUAGAGACACUGUAACAUCUCACUGAUGAAAGCUGCUCCUGAUAUAGCCUGUUGUGUUAAAUACAGGAAUGUUCUACUGUCAUGUUUCAGUACUAUGUUUUCUUUUGUUCCAAAGCAUUGUACUGGGAUCUCUGUAUGUUUUACCCCUUUUAGUAAAAAUAUACCCAUCCACAGUCAUACUGAUGUAGGAAACACAGGCACAGCAUGAUCUGACCCAAGGCAAGGUAGGGCCGUUACCAACAUACUCCAGCUGUCAGCCUCUCGGCAACAGAAUUGUGUCACUUCAUUGUAUAGGGUUCUGUCAUGGCUGCCAUAUUGCGACUCCUCGUAUACCUGCAGCAAUCAAGUCAGCAGGGGUGUUCUUGUCCAAAUCCUUUAUACUGGAUAACGCUGCACCCUACUCCCCCGCUGCCUGUUUAUGGGGGAAGGACUCUCCUUAUGUAGUUCUUUAAAUCAGGGCAGCAAGUAGAAGUGCUAACAGUAUUUAGAGAGUUUGAAAUUAAAUGUUAUUCUACAGUAUAUCAGUUUUCCACCAGCUGUUUUAAAAACUACACUUCCCAUACACAUUUGGGUUUCUUGGGAAAUAUAUUUAUAUAGGUUGUUCACUUUUGAGUUAACUUUUGGUAUGACGUAGACAGUAAUAUUCUGAGACAGUUUCCAGUUGGUCUUCAUUUUUUAAUUAUUGGUGGAUUUUUAGGGUGAAGACACAUGGAGCUACUACUAGUAGCUGCUACUAAGUAGCUUUGUGUGUCUUCACCCUUAAUGUUUUCACUUUUUUGUUUAGCAACUCUCCAGCUUUGCAAUUUCAGCAGUUAUCUAGUUGCUAGGGUUCAAAUGACAUUAGCAACCAGGAAGUGAAUUGAAUGAGAGACAGGUAUAUGAAUAGGAGACGACCUAGGUGGAAAAAUAAGUUACAAAAAGUAGCAAUGAGAAUAACAUUGUAGCCUCACAAAGCAAUAGAUUUUUUUUUGUAUGAUGCAGACAUUGACAUUCUGAGAAAAUUUGCAGUUGGUGUUCAUUUUUUAUUUGUUCAUUUUUUUGUCAGUAUUUAACAUUUUGUUCAGCAGCUUUCCAGUUUAGAAUUUCAACAGCUAUCCGGUUGCUAGGGUAUUAUUUACCCUAGUAACCAGGCAGCAGUUUGAAUGAAAGACUGGAAUAUGAAUAGGGGGAGGUCUAAAUAAAGAUAAAAGAUAACAAUAAAGUUGUAGCCCCACAGUGCAAUAGCUUUUUGGCUUCUGGAGGCAGUGAACCCUAUUUGAAAGCUGGACAGGGGCAGAAGAGGAUUGAAAAUAAUUAAAAAAAAAAA